AAUAGAAAUGAUGGCUGGCUGUGGUGAAAUUGAUCACUCGAUAAACGUGCUUCCUACGAACAAGAAAGCAAAUGAGUCCUGUUCUAAUACCGCACCUUCUCUCACCGUCCCUGAGUGUGCCAUUUGUCUUCAAACUUGUGUUCACCCAGUCAGUCUGCCCUGUAAACAUGUUUUCUGCUAUCUGUGUGUAAAGGGAGCUUCAUGGCUUGGAAAACGAUGUGCUCUUUGUCGACAAGAAAUUCCUGAGGAUUUCCUUGACAAGCCAACUUUGUUGUCACCAGAGGAACUCAAGGCAGCAAGUAGAGGAAAUGGAAAUGAACAUGGACGUCGUAGGAAGAUUAAGCGAGAUAUAAUAGAUAUACCAAAGAAGGGAGUCGCUGGACUUAGGCUGGACUGUGACACUAGUGCCGUAAACCUAGCAAGAGAGAGCUCUGCCGAUGGAGCGGACGGUGUAUCAGCACAGAGCGGAGCUUCUGUUCAGCCUCCAGUGGCGUCGUCUGUAGGGCCUCUAACAUCAGUAGAUGGCCAGUUAACAAGCCCUGCAACACCAUCUCCUGAUGCAAGCACCUCUUUGGAAGACUCUUUUGCACAUUUACAGCUCAGUGGAGACAACAUAGCUGAAAGGAGUCACAGAGGGGAAGGCGAAGAAGAUCAUGAAUCACCAUCUUCAGGCAGGGUACCAGACACCUCCAUUGAGGAAACUGAAUCAGAUGCCAGUAGUGAUAGUGAGGAAGUAUCUGCAGUUAUUGCACAGCACUCUUUGACUCAACAGAGACUUUUGGUUCCUAAUGCAAACCAGACAGUAGCUGAUCGAUCAGUAGCAGGGGGAACAGUGAGUGUCCGAUCUAGAAGGCCUGAUGGACAGUGCACAGUAACUGAAGUUUAAAUAAAGUCUUCAGAUCCUUGCUCAAGGUUGCAAUGGUUAUCUGUAAAUUUCUGCCCACAUAACAUUAUACUCAUCCCUCGUAGUGCAUUUUGGGAGUUGGGGUGGGAAGGGGUAUGGGAAGGGUAGAUCUGAAAUUAAAAUGUCUAACAUGUCACUGUUGAGAAAUUUAUUUAAGGAGCUUGGGUGUUAAUAGUUGAAAGCUAUUUAGUAAUAA